AUGAGUUCCUGCCAGCCCGUGGACGCCGUUAAGCUCGGCUUACCGAAAAAAGGCGUCAAGCGGAAAGCCGACACCACCACGCCCACCACCACGGCCAUCAUCGCCACGAGCGGCGGCGAGUCCUCCCCUUCCAUCGGCGACACCCCCAAAGCCGCCAAGAUCCCGGCGCGCCGCGAGAGCGGCCGGCCCAUCAAACCGCCCCGCAAGGACCUCCCCGACUCGCAGCAGCACCAGACGUCCAAGAAAGGGAAACUUUCCGAGCAGCUCAAGUACUGCAACGGCAUCCUGAAGGAGCUGCUGUCCAAAAAGCACGCCGCCUACGCCUGGCCCUUCUACAAACCCGUCGACGCGUCGGCGCUGGGGCUGCACGACUACCACGAGAUCAUCAAGCAUCCCAUGGAUCUCAGCACCAUCAAGCGGAAGAUGGAGAACCGGGAGUACCGCGACGCGCAGGAGUUCGCCGCCGACGUGCGGUUGAUGUUCUCCAACUGCUACAAGUACAACCCGCCCGACCACGACGUGGUGGCCAUGGCCAGGAAGCUCCAGGUGACCGGAGUGCCCCAAAAACGGGAAAGUUGGGAAUUCUGCACCGGGGUUUGGGGGUUUUUGGUCAAAAUUUGGGCGUUUUGCCAUGGCCAGGAAGCUCCAG